AUGCCUUCCACAGAUCCUGAGGUUCCCAGAAUAGCGAAACGCUUCGUUCAAGAGCUUCUUUUGCGUGAUUGGAAAUUACACUCCACAAAGCGUGGUGUUACACUCUGGACAACAACGACACCGUGGACCGAUAAGAAAGCGGUAAAGACGGUCAUCUUCAUCCCUCAUGUGACGUUAAAAGAUUUGGAUGCAGUUUUAAAUGAUCUCACUCUUGCAAACAAGCUGGACAAGACCAUUAAAGAAAAAAAGAUUGUCAAGACUCUUUCUAAAGAGGUCCAAGUGAUUCAAACAAAGUUCAUUUCUCCUAUGAUGGGUGUCGCUGCGCGUGAUAUGGUGACCCGUGAGGCCAGAUCUUAUUACCCAAGCGCAGAUGAAUGUGAGGCAAUUGGCCUUACCAAAGACAUCAAACCUUCACAGGGAUCUGUGUUUUUGCACGUCGCAGAGGACGCGUCGGAGGAGUUACCGAUCUCUUCUGACUACACACGUGGACGUGUAUUUCUCUUUGGUGUGCUGGCAGAGGAGACUGUGGACGAGAAUGGUGUGGAGGGUGUUCGUCUCACACGAUGUGCGGCUGCAGACCCUGGUGGUUCAAUGCCCACUCUUAUUGUUGACGCCGCCGUGGUUGUGCAGAUUAAAAACACUGUGAAAAUUGCGGAACAGGCAUCGGAGCAUCAUGCUGUCUCUAUCGGAACUAAAUAA